AUGGCUGUUCCAAGUUCGGUUUUGAAGGUAGAAGAAAUUCAAGGAAGAGGAAGAGGAAUAGUUGCAUCUCAGCCUCUCAAAGCUGGCCAAAUCAUACUCACAGAUUCUCCAAUUCUUCUCUACCCUACUUCCCCUUUCUCUCAACAACACUCUUCUUCUUUUUGUGACCAUUGCUUCAAAUCUUGUUCCUCAUCUUCACUUGUUUCAUGCCCUUCUUGUCACGGAUACCGCUUUUGCGAUUCAACUUGUCUCUCGAAAGCUCUGAACUCCUCUCAUUCUACUUUUGUUUGUCACUCAGUUCCUACAUCGAUUAUUUCAUCGCUGUUUUCACAUCCGGAUAAUGAAUUGUUUUCUUUGCAACUCACUUCUUCACUUCUUGCUAAGGAUAAGCUCAAUGCUUUUGGUAUAAUGCAUCCUUUCUCUGAGAAUGAUGAGCAUAGGUCUGUUAGAGCUUAUGGUAUUUACCCUUAUGCGUCCUUUUUCAACCAUGAUUGUCUUCCCAAUGCCUGUAGAUUUGAUUAUGUUGAUGUAAAUCCACCUUAUCAUGCCGAUGGUCUUAAUAAUACAGAUUUUGUUAUUAGGAUGAUUCACGAUGUUCCUCAAGGUAGAGAGAUUUGUUUGAGUUAUUUCCCUGUUAAUGACAACUAUUCUAGUAGGCAGAAGAGAUUGUUGGAAGACUAUGGUUUUGCAUGUAAUUGUGAUCGAUGUAAUGUCGAAUCGAAUUGGUCGGAUAAUGAGAGUAUCGAAGAAAAUGCAGAGGAGGAUAAACAAGAGGUUAUGGCUAUGGAUGAUGAGGAGGAGGAUGAGCAAUAUGAAAAUAUGGAACCAUCAGAUACCGACAACAACGAUUUCCCACAUGCUUAUUUCUUUUUGAAAUACAUGUGUGAUAGAACAAAUUGCGGCGGAACUUUAGCUCCUCUACCACCUAAGGGUGAUACAUUAUCGAAUGUCAUGGAAUGUAAUGUCUGUGGUAAAUUGAAGAGUGAUGAUGACAACAUCAAUGUCGAUGAUAAAGCGCAAGAUGGAGAAGUUCCCAUGGAGGACUAA